AUGACCCGAGUACGACAGCAUCGGGGGAAGCGACGCCAGGCAACCCCGGAAGAACUAGAGGAGCAGCUGGAGACGGCCGAACUCCAGCAAUUUGUAGAACGCAACGCCGCCAAGAUCCGGAAAGACUCUGCCAGGACAGCUUCACGACUCGAAACCGACAGGCGUCUCCUACGGAGCCAGGCGGAAGCUCUCACGACUAAAGAAUGGCUCCCUGACGAACUGAUGCAACAGCUUAUUGAACUUACAGUUGCGGAUUAUGAUGAUAACAUCGCCGCGCCUGUUCAGUCCAAAACUAUAGCAGGUGAUGAGCUGUUGUCAAAGGUUUGGGCACUCCGUAUGUGUCUCUUAGCUCUUGAUUUUCCACCAGAGCAGGUUAAUAGUGCUCUCGGCGCGCUCCUCCAGAAGCCGCCCAGUCCAGAGGGCGAUGGUCUGUUGUGGGGUCUUUCCUUUUCUUUGGAUUGGCUAGCUAUGCACAGUGGGAGUGGCGAGCUCUUCGAUUAUGACUAUCACAGGCAGAGCGCUAAGCCUUCGGUUCUGCACGAGAGUGAAGAUGAGCUGGCAUCGCCAGUGCAAUCUGUAAGGCCUCCGAAAGGUGCGAAGGCGCCCGGUGUGCCGCAUUCUAUCGAUAGCAGCGAACCCGAUGCAGUUGCUGGUGAUAUCGAUGUCAGUGACGUAGGAAGUGAUGUCGAUCCGGAAGAGCUGUUGGCGACGCAUCUUCGAACAAAAGCGAGGCUUUUCGAGCUUAACGAGGCAUUAGUGGCCGGAGCGCCGUCGCAGAAGAGAAAGCCUACGAAGGGCGCAAAGUCUACAACACCGGCCGCUAAAUCCAAGGGUGAACGAAAGCUGCUACAGAAACUUCGAAAAAUAGAAUCAGAUCUGCUCUUCGAUCUGCAAGAGGCUGAAGCUCGGUGGGAGGUCCGGCGGAUAGAGCUGGUAAGGGAAGCGAGCGAGAGGAACCGACUACUGCUUGCAAAGGAAUCGCACGCAGCUGAAAGCACGUCGAAGCCGCGUUACGACAUGAACGGCACGUCAGCCGGUAGCGUCACCGACGAAGCAGAAAAGCUUGGCCUAGAGUUUUUGCAAACGUCCGAAGACACCGACGGAGACGGCCUGCUUAGCGGAAUGUUCGAUUCCUUACCCGGUAUAACCCAAGAUCCUGCGACAGCCGCCAAUGGCGCGUUCCCUUCUUCGAACGUGAAGAUUCGCGACUUUGGCCGACCGACCGGCAUGAGUCCCAGACGUAUCCUGGAAGAAGCUUGUCGAGCCCGAGAUACAGGUGCGAAGCUUGUUUACACACUGGUCUCUCCGACCACAUACGCAAGCCGACAUUCUCUGCACAUACGUUGGGCGAAAGAUCAGGAGCUUGUCGAGGCGCCUUAUUUGCGUGCGGUAGAAGUCAAGAGCAGACCUCGCGCAGCAAUGUUCACGAUGGUUGAAGAAGCCACCCCUGACGCGGCACAAAGCGAAGGCUACAUAGCGACCAUCGCGCUGUUCGUCAUAUUCGCAGGCUCACCGAAGGAGGAGAAAGCUCACUUACGAUUGCCACCUGCGUUCCGCGACAUGUGGGAUGAGCUUGUUCGGUUAAAACAUGAAGACCACAACGCAAACGACCGUGAAACGGUGAGGAGUCUUCGCGCAUUGAUCGAACAAAUACCAUCGCGGGAUCAAGAAGAUGACGACGAAGUCGUCUUCGACGCCGGUAACAGGAUCCGCAGCGGUGGUGUCAGCGGCGUCUCUACACCAAGACCGGAGCAUGGUGAAGUGCUCUCGUCAAAAACAGCUGCUGCCGAGGAGCUUAGAGGACUGUGGGCGCGCAAGUUAUCAGCACCGACAUACCAGCGCAUGCUGUUCCAGCGCAUGAACCUGCCCAUCUUCCACUACAAGGCUGCCAUCCUAGACGCAAUCGUACGCAAUCAGGUCAUCAUUCUGGUCUCGGAGACGGGUUCUGGAAAGUCAACCCAGCUGCCUGCAUACAUCCUGGAGCACGAGUUGUCUCAAGGACAGGCGUGCAAAGUGUACUGUACUGAGCCUAGGCGAAUCUCUGCCAUUUCCCUAGCCCAGCGUGUUAGCGAGGAGAUGGGAGAGCAUAAAGGUGAUGUUGGCACCGCCCGCUCACUUGUCGGAUACGCCAUCCGCUUGGAGUCGCACACAGCAGCAUCCACGCGCCUUGUCUAUGCAACAACAGGGAUCGUUCUCCGAAUGCUUGAAAACGUGGACGGUCUUAAGGACGUCACGCAUCUUGUGAUUGAUGAAGUUCACGAGCGAACCAUUGAUACUGACUUCUUGUUGAUCAUACUUCGGUCGCUCUUACAGCAGAGAAAAGACCUCAAAGUCGUCCUCAUGAGCGCUACGGUCAAUGCUCAACGGUUCUCGGAGUAUCUCGACAGAGCGCCUAUCAUUGACGUACCGGGACGAACGUUUCCUGUUCAGGCAAUGUUCCUUGAGGAUGCUCUUGAGAUGACUGAUCACGUUAAUGAUAAUGCCCGCAGCAGAGUUGAAGAAGAUGAGACUGAGCAUACUGAUCCUGACGACGCCGAGAAGGGUGCCGGCCAACAGCAGCUCGUUGGAUAUAGCAAGCGCACUAUCAACACGCUGGCCACCUAUGAUGAAUAUCGAAUUGACUACGCUUUAAUACUGAAGCUGCUGGAGAAGGUCGCAUACGAUCAGAACUACAAGCCGUUCAGCAAAGCCACGCUCGUGUUCUUACCAGGUAUCGCCGAGAUACGCCAGCUCAAUGAUAUGCUUGUAGGCCAUCCAGCAUUCAGCCACGGCUGGAGGAUCCACGCACUGCACUCAAGCUUCGCUAGCGAGGACCAGCAGGCUGCCUUCGAGGUUCCACCGAACGGGGUCAGGAAGAUCGUGCUUGCCACGAACAUUGCUGAGACGGGCAUCACCAUACCCGACGUCACUUGUGUGAUUGAUACGGGCAAACAUAAGGAGAUGCGCUUCGAUGAGAAGCGGCAGAUGUCCCGCUUGAUACAGUCGUUCAUUGCACGAGCGAACGCCAAACAGCGACGCGGACGAGCCGGCCGUGUUCAGGAAGGCAUAUGUUUCCACCUGUUCACGAAGUAUCGGCACGAUGAGCUGAUGGCGGAAAGCCAAACUCCAGAGAUGCUACGCCUAUCACUGCAAGACCUUGUGAUGCGGGUGAAGAUUUGCAAGCUUGGCAAUAUCGAGGAAGCCUUGGGUCAGGCGCUUGAUCCUCCGUCCAGCCGCAAUGUCCGAAGAGCCAUCGAAGCACUCAUCGAAGUUGAUGCCCUCACUGCGAACGAGGAGCUAACGUCUCUCGGGCAACAGCUGGCGAAACUCCCACUGGAUGCACAACUUGGAAAGCUGGUGCUGCUAGGCAGCGCCUUCGGCUGUCUUGACUUUGCGCUGACCACGGCUGCAACCUUGACGUCGAAGUCGCCAUUCUUGAGCCCUAUGCAUGCAAAGAAACAAGCAGAUACCGUCCGUCUUGGCUUCAAACGAGGCGACUCGGACUUGCUCACCGUCUACCAGGCAUACUGUGCGUGGCGCAAGACCUGCACAACCUCUGGAACGUCCGAGUAUCACUUCUGCAACAAGAACUUCCUUAGCCCGCAAAACCUUGCGAAUAUCGAGGACUUAAAGGGCCAAUUACUGACAGCUCUUGUGGAUGCCGGCUUCGCCAACCUAGGCUCGGACGAGCGUGCCGCGCUGUCGAGGGUGCGGCCAGGCUCACGGCAGCGGAACUUUGUGGCUCUACCGGAAAAGUAUCGGUCAGCAGAAGACGACGAUGACCUGAUCUCGGCCGUCGUCGCCUGGUCGUUCUAUCCCAAGAUCAUCAAACGUGAUGGUAAAGGAUGGCGCAACAUCGCCAACAAUCAGUCCUUGGCGCUGCACCCUGCCUCUGUCAACAAGAGCUCGCUUGCUCCCGGUGUCAACCUCUUGUCGUUCUACAGCAUUAUGCAGAGUGCUUCGCGCUUCACAAACGCUCAGGAGACUACGCCUGCAUCGGACUUUGCGCUCGUGCUGCUUGCGGGAGAUGCUGCCUUCAACAUGUACGCUGGUGUCAUUGUCAUCGAUGGGAAUCGCUUGAGGUACAAGGUCCGCAAUUGGAAGACGAUGCUCGUACUAAGGACGUUGCGGAAGAAGCUCAAGGAGAUAUUGGCCCGCUUGUUCAAGUAUCCUGGCAAGGACUUGACCGGCAAGCACAAGCUUUGGAGGGACAUUGUGACGAACGUCUUCGAGCAGCAGCGCAAGCUUCGUGUAUAG